GACCUCCCUGAGGACGGUGUCUGAGCAGAGGGAAAGCGCGAUUCCUUCAAGAUGCCAAUGUCAAGGAAGCAGAGGAGAAAAUCCUCCGCCGCUCGCCAGGAACCUUCGGAGAAGGUCAGAGAGCAGCUGGCUGAGGCAGAGCUUCGCAAGCUAAGGCAGCAGUUCAGGAAGAUGGUGGAAAGUCGGAAGUCCUUCAGCUUCCGCAGCCAGCAGAAGAUCAUGAGUCAGUACAAUGAAAUCAAGACCCUGAAGGCAGAGCAGGAUGAGAUCAGCCUGCUUUUGAGUCUCACGAAGUCCUCGAAGAACACAGAUCUGAACGAGAAAAACUACAUGGAGCUGCGUUUCCUGCUGCAGACCAAGGAGGACUACGAGGCCUUGAUUAAGUCCAUGAAAAUGCUGUUGGCCGAGCUGGAUGAGAAGAUUGUUCAGAUGGAAAAAAAAAUCGCAAACCAAAAACGGAUCUUCUUAAAAAUGCAGGAGGCCAACAACCCCCGGAAACUUCAGAAACAGAUCCACGUUUUGGAAACCCGUUUGAAUCUCGUCACUGUUCAAUUUGACAAGAUGCUGACCACCAACGCCAAGCUCCGGAAGGAGAUCGAGGACCUACGCUUUGAGAAGGCUGCUUACGACAACGUCUACCAGCAGCUGCACCGGCGCAUGUCCGUACAGAAGAAAACGAUGCACGCGGCUAUCGAGCAAUCUGCGCAGGCCUAUGAGCAGAGGCUGGAGGCCAUGGCCCGAAUGGCUGCCAUGAAGGAGCGCCAGCAGAAGGACAUCUCGCAGUACAACCUGGAGAUCCGAGAGCUGGAGCGUCUCUAUGCCCACGAGACCAAGCUCAAGUCCUUCCUGCUCAGCAAGCUGAAUGACCGCACGGAAUUCGAGGAGCAGGCCAAAGAGGAAGAAGCUCUCAAAGCAAAGAAGUACAGCAAGAAGAGCAACGGAGAGAGUUUUGAGAGCUACGAGGUGGCCCACCUCCGGCUGAUGAAGCUCAUUGAGACCGGGGACCUGAACCAGCUCGUUGAGGAAUUUCUGGCCAAGGAGGAGAAGAACUUUGCUCGGUUCACGUACGUCACGGAGCUCAACAAUGACAUGGAGAUGAUGCAAAAGAAGACCCAGAGUAUCCAGAACGAGAUCAUCGACUUGCGAUCCCAGCAGAAACUGUCCCACGAUGACAGCCACUCUGUCCUGAGACAGCUGGAGGAGAAAUUGAAGAAGACCACGGAGGAGGCGGAUAAGUACGAGAGCAAAUGCAGCGAGAUCAGCAAGACCCUGGAGCAUCUCAGGGACUCGGUGGAGCAUCUGUUUAAGAAGAUAAACUGUGACGCCACCAAGGUCCUGGUGCAGUUAGGGGAGACGGGGAAAAUCACCGACAUCAACCUUCCUCAGUAUUUUGCCAUCAUUGAAAAGAAGACCAACGACCUGCUGGUGUUGGAGUCCUACAGGCGGAUCCUGGACGUGGACAGGGCUGAGACCCAUAUCCUGACGCCCUUUGUCAACCCCUUCUGGGGCGGCUCUGGCCUCCUCAAGCCCCCAGAACCCAUCAAGGUUAUCCCGCCCGUGCUUGGGGCCGACCCCUUCAGCGACAGGUUGGAUGAUGUUGAGCAGCCCCUGGACCACAGCAGCCUGCGGCAGUUCGUGCUGGACAAUUUCGUCCUGAGAGAGGCUCGGAAUCAGGAUGUGCGCCUGGACAGUCUGCCGGAGAAGGCGGAUGAGCUGAGGUCCAGGAAGAAGCUGACGAUGUGAGGUGACGAGGCCGCAUUUGUACCAUAACCGGAAAGAAUAAACGUUUUGUUC